GCCGCCUCCCGCCUCCGCCCGCCCUGCGCGCUCCGUCCAGCCCGGGAGCCCCGGGAGCCCCGCGAUGCUCCGCCGCCGCCUGCCCCUGCUCGGGCCCUGGCUGCUGCUGCAGGCGGUGUGUGCUGGGGGCCACAUCGCCAAGACCCUGGGGUACCUGGAGCUGGGCACCUCCGGCCUCCUCAAAGAUGUUCCCUACGGCACCCUGAAGCCUCCGGUGCUCGACCCUGGGCGGCUGAUUCCGGCUGAGCCCCCUCGGGGCGCGGGGACACCCUCGGGUGCUGCAUGGAGCCCCUGGGACUGGCAGAAGAACCAGACAAUAGGGGAGCUGCCGAGCCCCCGCGCCCGGCGCAAGCCCUCUCUCAAAUCCAGCCGCACCAAGAAGAUCUUCGGAUGGGGCGACUUCUACUUCAACAUCAAGACACUCAAGUUCAGCCUGUUGGUGACGGGGAAGAUUGUUGACCACAUCAACGGGACCUUCAGCGUCUAUUUCCGACACAACUCCUCCAGCCUGGGCAAUGUCUCGGUCAGCAUCGUGCCCCCUUCCAAGGCGGUGGGCUUUGAGGUGCUGGUGCCUGCCCCACCGCCGCUUUCCCUCCCACCCCUCCAGCAGAGCACCCUGCCCGAGGGGCGCCCAGCCAAAGCUCUCAACUGCCACGUGGAGUAUGAGAAGACGAACCGGGCGCGGAAGAACAAGCCGUGCCUGUACGACCCGUCCAAGGUGUGCUUCACCGAGCACACGCAGAGCCACGCCGCGUGGCUCUGUGCUAAGCCCUUCAAGGUCAUCUGCAUCUUCAUCUCCUUCCUCAGCAUCGACUACAAGCUGGUCCAGAAGGUCUGCCCUGACUACAACUUCCAGCACGACAACCCCUACUUUGGCUGAUGGCUGCGGGAAGGGGUUGUUGGGCACCAGAGCUGGAGGCAAAUGGGGGCCAGGGGCUCCUGGACCCCAUCCUGGCUGCACAGUGCCCCCCAUUGCUGCCGCACCGGCCUCCCCUUCCUCACUGCAGCAGCUCCCCGGGGCACAGGGCAUGACCGGUGCAGGGGUGCUGGUCCCAAUGCCCACAGUGUGCCGCACUCCCAUGCACUGGGCUGGGGUCCCCAGGAGCAUGCGGGCAAGUCGGGAGGUACAGCCCCAUGCAAUGGCAUCAGCCGGGUGCAUAUCACCCCCGGGGCAGGCACAGUUGUAACUGGGGGUGAUUUGGGGUCGCGGUGCUGGGCAGACCUCAGGCUUCACCCCCUGUGCUGGGGGGGCUUCACCCCUAUGCAGCCAUUGGAGACAUACAUGCAUGGGUGUGUGGACAUGUGUGUGCACGCCAGUCUGUGUGUGUGCAAGGGCACGUGUCCAGGUGGUUUGGAGCCUGUGCCCCCCCUCAUGGCCCCUCUCAGGCUGCGGCAGGGUUGGGGGCACCAAACGAAGCCCCCAAAUGGAGCCCCCCCCCCCGAUUUGACACCCUCCCCCCAAGGCUGCUGCCUGCCCACCACCGCCAGUGAAGAAGUACCACAGCCGGGGCCUGGGGGGCCAGGGCCCUUGCUUGGGGCUGCUGCCCCCCCCCACCCCCCCCCGGCUCUGGGCAGGGACUUCCUCAUAUUUUUUUAAGAAAAUUAAAAUGGAAAAAAAGCAGAAAAUAAAGAAAAACAUUGGGGAAAAAAAAAAGGAAAAGU